AUGCCUUCACAAUUCUUCCGCUCCCCGCUCGACGACACCGAUACCUCGUACCAGAGCGACUCCUCUGGUGUCUACGAAGACGACCAACAAGAGAGCCUCGACGAGCCCGCCAAUGUCUAUGAUCUUGCCCGCACCAAGUCCGCUGCAUCUACAUCCAUCGAAGAGCUUUCCCGCUCCCUGCCAAAGAACUAUGUUGGUGGGCAGCUUUUCGACCACCGAGAGGGUGUGCUCCAUGCUCUGCUGGAGAGAAAUUGUCUGCUUGAAGCCGUCGAAGAGCUAAAUAGAACACGCGAUCCGAAACAUGACCGCCUCUACACCAAAGACGACCCUGAAGUUAAGGCCUGCGCAAAAGCCAAUUUUUUCAAGGUUGCCUCAAGCCUUGCCGCCCACGGCAUCAGCCAGUCUGGCCUUCACAGGGACGAGUUCAAGCCGCUCCGCGACAAUUACAAUCAGGCCCUCGAUGUCGCCAAAGAACCAGGAGGUGGCGCCCUUGAGCGCCUUCGCAAGAAGUCCCCGGACAGGAACAUCUAUCGCUCGUCGAGUACUUUGGAAUUGACCGGCCAUGCCCACAACGAGACAUCAUCGCCCCAACGCUCGCCUGUUAGAUUUGGUCCAGUGCCCCCAGGCCCUACUCCGGAUAUACUGCAAAGCAUUGUUGGUCAUGCACAUCCGCUUCUGCCGCCUAGCUUCUCCAUGGCGAGCUUUUACAACCUCCAAAUAAUCGGAAAAGGCGGAUACGGCACUGUGUUUUCAGGCUAUCACCCCCUCGAUGGAGGCUUCUAUGCCAUCAAGCAAAUCCCGCUUAGUGCCUCUCGUAUGCGCAACAUUCGCAGCAAAGGCCAAGCUGAGCUCGACGCUAUUCUAAAGGAGGUCCGAGCAAUGCAAGGAUUCGACCACCCAAACAUCGUCCGUUACCACAGCGCUUGGCUUGAGCGACCUUCAGGAAGUCUCCAUAAUCUCGUGAAGGCCAACCAAAGGCUUCUAGAGUUCGGUUCUACCAACCUUUCAACCAACAUGGAGUCAAGCGACGUCUCUGGCUCAAUAGCAGGCCUCGAACCGACUUUCGACUCGAGGCUGGAUUUAUCAAGCCCAGAUGAUGGUAUCGUUUUUGGCGAGGAUUCUGCACCAGGCCCGACGGCUCACUCUGGCUACCAUCUGCAAGCCCCUCGCAGCAGACGUCAGAGCUGCCGGACUUCCUCCUCACCGGCUAAAUCCGAGCGACCGGAAUCGGAGCUCGGGGAUCCCAUAGACUUUCUCUCGCCCACCAAGCAGUCGCGGAGGCGCAGAGAAAGCCACAAUACACUAUCUUCGUCUGUCUCGAGGAAGAGUUUCGUCCACAGCACCGAUGAUGAGUUUGAUGAAGAAGUUGAAAGAGACUUCGCUAAUCUUGCACUCUCGGGACCGCGGGAGAACUCGUUCGGAAUGGACAUUGUUUUUGAGGAUGACUACCAUGCCCAUCCACAACGUCGCACAGACCCAAGGACGCCCAGAUGCUCUGAUAUAUCACAGAUCAACUUGGCGCUUCACAUUCAGAUGGCGCUUUACCCAAUGACUCUGGCUGACUACCUCAAAGUUGAGACGGACUGUCUCACAGUGGGUCCUGGGGAUGACGCAAAAGACAAGACUGAUGAUGUGAAGUAUCGCCACUGCUUCCAUGUGAAACCAUCGCUCCAGAUUCUUCUGGCAAUUCUGGACGGUGUCCAGUAUCUACAUGCGCGUAGCAUGGUUCAUCGUGACCUUAAGCCCGCCAAUAUAUUCUUGUCUCCGUGCGAGCAAGUCUACCGCCACAAGGGACACGUGCAUCUCGGCGUGUGCAGGGAGUGUGCAAAAGUAGGCCCUUGUAGAGAUCUCCAGAUGGGCGUCCGCAUUGGUGACUUUGGGCUCGUCACUGAGCUUGCCCGUGCUGGAGGAGAUCAAGCACACGGCGCAGAAAAGGCGGUUGGGACCGAGUUCUACCGCCCACCGGGUCCAAGCCGCCAGCCGAGCGAGAAGUUGGACGUCUUCUCCCUUGGAGUCAUUGCGUUUGAGCUGCUGUGGAAGUUCGAUACUAAGUCAGAACGAAUCCACACUCUUAGCGAGCUCAAGCUCGGGAGGCUCCCUCCUCUCUUUACACCAAAGCUGGAGGGAUGCGGUACGCGCAUUGCUGAGCUUAUUCAAGGCAUGCUGCGGAGUGACGACGACGAACGUCUCUCAUGUGCUGAAGUCCAGAAAGAAGUGGAAGAUAUCAUUGCGACUUGGGAUACGUGA